AUGGUCCAGCCUGUGGUGCUCUUGUCUGCGAUUUGUUUUAUUACCGUCGCCCUGGGAUCGGAGGAAUCUUGUUAUCUCACUGAAGAGCAGGAGGACGACUGCGCGGCGGUCUGUCAUCCGAUCGUGAAGCCCCUCCUGAGGUACUUUGAGAAGAUUCAGGCCAAAGAAUCCCAGUUCCAAAAGGAAAACUCAGAGUUGCAGAAAAAGUAUACGGACUUGCAGCAAAAGGGUCUGAAGUCCCUGAGAAACUACUCCGAUUUGCAGAAAAAGUAUUCAGAUUUGCAGGAAAGCCAUUCGGAAUUGCAGAGAAGAGAACUGGAACUUAUAUCGGACUUGCAAAAGGAUAAAUCGGACUUGCAAAAUAGAAUACAAUUAGUGAAUUAA